GGGUGGAAAGAAAACCACGCGACGUUUAUGAACGAGCUCAAAAACCUCCAAGCUGAAGGACUCACCACCCUGGGCCAGUCCCUCAGGACAGCUUUUGAUUUAUUAAACUUAAAUAGAUUAGUAACUGGCAUAGACAACUAUGGGCAGGGAAGAAACCCUUUUUUUCUGGAACCAGCAAUAAUUAUAACAGUUACUGAUGGAAGUAAAUUAACUACAACCAGUGGGAUACAGGAAGAGCUCCAUUUACCUCUCAACUCCCCUCUACCCGGAAGCGAGUUGACUAAGGAGCCCUUCCGAUGGGAUCAGAGGUUGUUUGCUUUGGUCCUGCGCCUGCCGGGCAUCGCGGCGGCGGCGGAGCCGGAGCCGGGAGCCGGAGUGCCCGUGGAUGAUUCGGCCAUCACGCCCAUGUGCGAAGUCACGGGAGGUCGAUCGUACUGCGUGUGCUCUCCAAGGAUGCUGAAUCAGUGUCUCGAGUCAUUGGUGCAAAAGGUGCAGAGUGGAGUAGUAAUAAAUUUUGAAAAAGCUGGACCAGAUCCCUCACCAAUUGACGAUGGGCAGGUGGAAAUACCUAGACCAUUUGGACCCCAACCUUGGCACAGCUGUCACAAACUUAUUUAUGUCAGACCAAACCCUAAAACUGGGGUGCCCAUAGGUCAUUGGCCUGUGCCUGAGUCCUUUUGGCCAGAUCAAAAUUCUCCAACACUGCCACCCCGCACCUCUCAUCCCGUGGUGAAAUUCUCCUGCACAGAUUGUGAACCAAUGGUCAUUGACAAACUGCCUUUUGAUAAAUACGAAUUAGAACCUUCUCCGCUGACCCAGUUUAUCCUGGAAAGAAAAUCCCCACAGACCUGCUGGCAGGUAUAUGUGAGCAAUAGUGCAAAAUACAGUGAACUUGGCCAUCCCUUUGGUUACUUGAAAGCUAGUACAGCGCUGAAUUGUGUGAAUUUGUUUGUGAUGCCUUACAAUUAUCCAGUCCUCCUUCCAUUGCUAGAUGACUUGUUCAAAGUGCACAAGGCAAAGCCAACAUUAAAAUGGCGGCAGUCAUUUGAAAGCUAUUUGAAGACGAUGCCCCCUUAUUAUCUUGGGCCUUUGAAGAAAGCUGUGAGAAUGAUGGGAGCACCAAACCUUAUAGCUGACAAUGUGGAAUAUGGACUUAGUUACAGUGUCAUUUCAUAUCUCAAAAAGUUGAGUCAGCAGGCCAAAAUAGAGUCCGAUAGAGUCAUUGGCUCUGUAGGCAAAAAGGUAGCGCAAGAGACUGGAAUUAAGGUCAGAAGCAGAUCACACAACCUGUCUAUGGCACAUAGGAACGAUUUUCAACAUCUGCUACAGGGGAUUACUGGGGAAAUUCCUCAUAGACCUCUAGACCUCAAUAUGAAGGAGUAUGCUGGGUUCCAAAUAGCUUUGCUGAAUAAGGAUUUGAAACCUCAGACUUUUAGAAAUGCUUAUGACAUACCCAGAAGAAAUCUUUUGGAUCAGUUAACACGAAUGAGAUCUAAUUUACUGAAGAGUACUCGCAAGUUCCUCAAAGGACAAGAUGAAGAUCAAGUUCACAGUGUACCUAUUGCACAAAUGGGGAACUACCAGGAAUAUCUAAAACAAAUCCCAUCUCCCCUCCGAGAGCUUGAUCCCGAUCAACCCCGAAGGCUCCAUACGUUUGGCAAUCCAUUCAAACUGGACAAAAAGGGAAUGAUGAUAGAUGAAGCAGAUGAGUUUGUAUCAGGACCUCAAAAUAAACAUAAAAGGCCUGGGGAACCAAAUAUGCAAGGGAUUCCUAAAAGACGUCGCUGCAUGUCCCCGCUGCUCCGAGGGCGGCCGCAAACCCCCCCGGUUGUGAAUAACCAUAUUGGAGGAAAAGGGCCGCCCACACCCGUUACACAAGCACAGCCAGACCUUGUUAAGCCUAUUCCAAUUCACAAAACAUCAGAAGCUAAUAAUGAGAUUGCAAUGGAUGAUGUGGUUGAGAAUCAUGUUACACACCCACUUUCAUCAGAUGUUUUCCCAAAUACUGUGGAUUCGGAGUUCUCAGCAUCCUCUUCUCCAUUCAAUUCAUUGGAUCGUCCUACAGCUCCUGCAGAGGAUGUAGGCCACGAACAUUUAGGGAAUAACUUGAAUACUGAAGGGUUUUUGGAAAAUCAUGAGGAAUCAGGUAAUAAAGAACAAAGUACUGAAGAGAACUUGGCAAUGUCUUCACCCAGCAAAGGAAAAAAAGCAGUGCAUUGCAGAAGUUCCAGAGAGAUUAAUAUAGAGCUAAAAGCACAAAUUAUGAAAGAGAUCCGAAAGCCAGGAAGGAAGUAUGAAAGAAUCUUCUUUUUACUGAAGCACGUACAAGGAAGCUUGCAAACCAGACUGAUAUUUUUACAAAAUGUUAUUAAAGAAGCUUCGAGGUUUAAGAAACGAAUGCUGAUAGAGCAGCUGGAGAGUUUCCUGGAAGAAAUCCAUCGCAGGUCCAAUCAGGUCAACCAUAUCAAUAGCAGCUAAAAGACUCUGUGCACAGCAGGGCCCUGCUGUCCUUACUUGCAUUCAUUUUUGACAUGCACUCUUAUCUCAAAUCCCAUAUCCAAAAGAAUGAAAAGCUGCUCUAUAAUAUGACGAGAAAAGUAUCCAUCAUCUUUUUCUUUUUUUUUUCCUUCACUUCUGUUAUUUUUGUAAUGUGAAAAAAUAUCACUAAAAUGUUUUUAUUUAACUAAAUGGAGAAUUUCUUGCUUGUCAUUGACUUAAGUGUCACUUUCCCUCAGGUUCUAUUUUCUUAAUCCAACCUUCUAAACUAUCACCUCUAAGGUUGAAAUUUGCCAAAAAAAAAAGUUGCUUUGUAAUUUUCAAAAAAAAAAAA